CCUUGCCCCUCGUCGUUCCUGCAAGAUUCCAGACGUCUAAUCGUACAUUUCAUCCUAGAAUUUCCCCCCGAUGGCUGCAUAGCGAGCGCAUUUCACCUGGGUUCACCCCAAAAUAUGAAUUUGUGCCUUUUGCGUGUGCAACACGAACGAACGUCACGUCGACUAGGACGAGGAGGCGCUCAGACUUCCAUUCGAGGUGUGUGAAUUGUCUUGGAAGCAUCAUGCGGUGGGCCUGGCCACUCCUGCCUGCUCUGAUGCUUCUGUCGGAAUUGUCGCUGGUCAUGGUCCGCACGGCGCCGUGUCAGACCUGCCAGAAACUGGCGGAGAGUUUCAUCAAGGGCUUAGAGAGAACAGCCAACAAGAACUUUGGCGGAGGUAACACGGCCUGGGAGGAAGACAAGUUGGCCAAGUAUGCAAGCAGCGAGACUCGACUCCUGGAGAUUGUGGAGAGUGCGUGUGACAAGUCUGACUUUGAGUGCAAUCGCCUGCUAGAGCAAAUUGAGGACCAGGUGGAGACGUGGUGGUUCCACAGGCAGCGGGAAGCGCCCGACCUGUCAGAGUGGUUAUGCAUCGACCAGUUGAGACUCUGUUGUCCUCGUGGACACUUUGGACCCGACUGCAAAGAGUGUCCGUCGGGUCCUGGUGGCGUAUGUGGUGGUUUGGGCCGCUGCGAGGGCGAGGGCACUCGCAUGGGGGGUGGCGAAUGCGUGUGCGAUCCCGGAUACGCAGGCCCGCUCUGUCAGGACUGUGCCGAUGGCUACUAUGUGGACAAAAGCGCCAACACUACGGCUAAAGCCUGUGCAGCCUGCUUCCAUUCGUGUAAGAAAUGCUCGGGGCCGCAGGACUACAAAUGCCUGGACUGCAAAGCAGGCUGGAUGCUUCACGACAACAAGUGCGUGGACAUCGACGAGUGCGGCACGGAGCUCUCCCGUUGUCCUUCCAACACUUACUGUCACAACACGGACGGUUCUUAUGACUGCAGAGGCUGUGACCAGGCGUGCGUGGGCUGCAUGGGCAGCGGUCCCGCCCGCUGUAAGAAAUGUGCGCGAGGGUACAAGCUGAAAGGAGCCAAGUGUCUCGAUGUUGAUGAAUGCAGCGAAGGUGCCAUGGCGUGCCCGGGUCUCAACGAGGCUUGCAUCAACGAGGUGGGAUCCUUCCACUGCGACUGCGCCGACGGCUUCAUCAGGAGAGACAGCAUCUGCGUGGAGAAUAAAGCUCCCGUCGGCCCGGAGAAGGGCCUCUUUGACGACAUGACGGACGACGAGGUUCUGGUUCUUCAGCAGAUGUUCUUCGGCGUGGUCAUCUGCGCCCUGGCCACGCUGGCCGCGAAAGGCGACAUGGUUUUUACGGCCAUUUUCAUCGGGGGCGUGGCCGCCAUGGCCGGCUACUGGCUGACGGAGAAGGGCGACUACAUGUUGGACGGAUUCCUCAAGGGCCGCUAGACAAGUCAGCGGAGGCCGCAAUCGCUUCCGUGCUCGUGUUGGCUUGCCGAGUCGCCCGAAAGGCCUUCGCUGCGUUUUGUUUGCAUCGGUACCACGAUGCGGGAAAGCAAAGGCGUGCUGGAAGACAAGAUGACGCUCACGCUGCACUCGUUUGAAAGGAAGUGAACUCAAUUCCCCCCAACCUGGACUUUAUUGCGUUUGAGGGUUAUGCAAACCACCACUACUGAUUGUUCACAUGCAAAGUGGCUGCUGUCUGUUUUCUUUUCCUCUCUCACAAUUAGAACCUCAUCAUUAUCAGGUAACACGCUUGUUCUUGAUGCAAGCAGGAAUGUUUUUGACCUUUUUAGAAAUGAUGCAUGGCACUGAAGUGACUCGUAUCAAAUGUAUUUAUUUAUUUAUUCAUUUAUUUAUUGUCUUUAGCAUGGAAGACUUACAGAUGCAGGAUGGCAUCGUUGCUGCGAAAGAAAAACCGAUUAGGUCGCGCUGCAGUUGUGAGGAUGGAUGCAAGCCAUUUUCGUUGACUUUAAUUUAUUUGUAAAGUUUGCCACCCCAGAUGUGACAUGGGGAGGACAAUUUCCAAAUUGUGGCCGCACUAUAGAUUGAAGCGUGACACAAAACACUUGUUUGUGUACACAAGGUGAGGAUAACAAGCGCACAGAAUACAAAUGAAUAAUAUGGGCAUUGUUGGAAAGUUAGGUAGGCAAAUGGAGUUCACCUUCUUGCAAAACGUUAAGGUCAAUGAAGAGGACAUUGACACAGUCGGUAGCCAAGGCGUGCUCCACUUUCCUCCUUUCCAGAAAGAGUUAUCUAGUCUAAAACCAUACGUGUCACUAUGGGCUUGGAUUAUUAAUCUGUCAUCAAACGCAAAAUAAAUCAUUUUAAAGAAAUGUCACAUCUGGGGUGAAGCGAUCGCUAUAUUUCCAACGCACUUUUAUUUGUUGACAUUGCUUCUGUGUAAACUCCUAAGUCGAUCUUCACGCGUGCGCCCGUCUACCCGACACAACUUGCGUUAUUCAAGUGUGAUCAAUUGCAGGUUUGCUUUGCUCCACCAUGUCUAGAUCCUUCAUGCCUCAGAUUGACAUUUUCCUUUUAAAUAAACACAACAGAGGAAAA